AUGGGAACGAUUGAUGAAACAGUCACCAUGCCUACAGAUCCUAGUAGGGUCUCCGUUUUUGAGAGACUUUCGUCUCUAGAGGAAGGCUCGGGUGGUAACCAAGCUAUUGGUAUGGAUGGAAUGGUAAAUAGGAAGCUAAAUUUUGCCAAAGCGGUUGGCCGCUUGGUGGAUACGGAACUGAACUUCUACCCUCUUGCCAAUAAAAACCAGGCGAGUGUGAAGAUUCCGAUUGAAAUGGCCAAGGAGGCAACAAAAUCUUAUAAUACAGUUUUAUAUGGUUAUUUUUUGGGCCCCCGUAUUCACUUCCCAUUGGUGCAAAAAUUUGUCAAAGCGGCUUGGGGAAAAUAUGGAUACUCUGAUGCUAUGAUGAACGAAAAUGGUAUAUAUUUUUUCCGCUUCAAUGAUGAAGGAGGAUGUGACUGGGUUAUUGAGGCUGACCCGUUAAUGGUCUGUGGUGUACCUUUAUUUGUUUAUCGUUGGGACCCAUCUAAGGGAUUACGGAAAUCGGAACACACGUCUUGUCCUUUAUGGGUGAAGUUGCAUAAUAUACCGUUGGUUGCUUUUAAUAAGGAGGGCGUUAGUCGUAUUGCUAGUGCUUUGGGUAUAUCGAAACAAAUGGAUUCUUGUACGACAUCCAUGUGUGAUAAGGCUUGGGGAUGCCCGGGGUUUGCAAAAUUGCUGGUUGAGGUCUGGGCUGUAGGUGAUCUUAAACGACAUAUUGAGGUACUGAUUCCGAACCUCAAUGGAAGGGAUGAUGAAAAAGUCAAUAUCCAGGUAGAAAAUAUUUGGGAGCCGCUUCAAUGCUCCCGCUGCCAUGUUUUUGGGCACAAAACAUCGUCGUGUGUGAAGGCCGUUAAUCCGAUUAAAGGGAAGCAAGUUGAUGGGAGAAAAGACUCGGAGGGGUUCGUUAGGGUGGAGAAAAAGCAAUGGAGAGCUAAAUCCGGUGGCAAUACUCAAUCUUCGAUUCCUUGUUCUAAAAGCUCAAAUGUGAAAACCGGUAGACCUAAUCCGGCAACCAUGGAAGCAAGCACUUCUAGGAGGGAACAAACUGUGGAGCAGAAUGUGGAUCUAACAGUAGAAGAAUUAUCGGAUCAAUCUGGCCAAGUUGUGAAAGCCGUCUCGGAGGGACCAAGUAAGGGUACAAAUGGGGUAGUCAAGCAUGUGAGUUCUGGGACUUCUUCUACUCAAUCAAAUGUUAAAUAUGCCCCUCUUCUAGCUUCAGUUGUUAAGUCUUUUCGACUGCCUAGGAGAGGGGUUAUGAUCGAUUCCACGACGGUUUCUAACAUAUUCGUGGUUCUAGGGAAUUUGGGAGGGGAAGAGACUCAAGGGAGGGAGUUAUGGUCGGGUCUUCGGAAGUUCAAAGUUUUGAUUGGUUCUAAACCUUGGAUUGUUAUGGGUGACUUCAAUGCCAUGUUGUUUACCCAUGACGGUUUUGGGGGGUCCUCUCGCCGUAAUACUGAUAUGUCAGAUUUUUUUGCUUGUGUGGAGGAUGUAGAACUAAAUGAAGAGGGGGGAAUCAGGCACAAACUGGACAGGGUUCUGGCUAAUUCGGAAUAUACUUCUAAGUUCCAUGAUGCCAAUGGUCACUUCUUACCUUCUGGGCUUUUGGAUCACUCUCCGGUUAUGAAGGAUGAAUGGUCAAAACAUAUAGAGGGGACCUUUAUGUUUCGAGUGACUAGUCACUUGAAGGCCCUCAAGACCCCUCUACGAAAGCUUCGUAAUUCCUAUGACAAUCUUGUUGCUCGGGUGUCCUUUUUUGAAAGCAGAGAUGCUUCAUCUGAUCCGGUUAUGUCAGAUGAUCUUUUUACUCGGAAACUCUCAUUGUCUGAAGCCAACCAUAUGAUCCGACCUAUUUUUAAUGAGGAGAUCAAAAAUGCUAUGUUCAGUAUUGGCAAUCAUAAAGCCCCAGGAUCAGAUGGUUAUUCGUCUCGGUUUUUCAAAGCUUUUUUAGAUAUCAUCGGUUGUGAUGUGGAGAUUGCUAUCCACAAUUUCUUCUAUAGAGGUAACCUCCCGAAAGAAUUGAAUCAUACCUUCAUUUGUCUUAUCCCUAAAUCUGUUAGUGCAUCUAAGGUUUCGGAUUACCGACCUAUAGCUUGCUGUACGAUGCUUUACAAAUGUAUUAGUGAAGUCAUCGUUAACAGAAUGAAGGGUCAUUUGGAUUCUUUAAUUGAUGAGGCCCAAUCGACUUUUAUUCCGGGUUGGAUGAUUACGGAUAAUAUUCUUAUGGCUCAUGAGCUGGUGUCGGGAUACCAAUCUAGGGAUGGCCCUCCGAGAUGCACGUUCAAGAUUGACAUCAAGAAGACUUAUGAUACGGUGGAUUGA